AUGUGCGACUACACCCAGAGAGAGUACUCUUGCGGCCACUUCCGUUGGAUCGCGUCGAAAUGGUGCAGAGACUACACCGUGACACACAAGAGGUGCCAACCGAACGUGACACACUUCGAAUACCGCGCAGAAGAGAUUUGCGGCGAGUGCAAGCCGAAAACUUAUCCUGCCUGGGAGAGCAUGAUCAAGCGCAACAAGCAGACCUUCAGCCUCUAG